AAACUUGUGUUUAGCGAUGAAGGCAAAGGAAACUUUACACUGUCGUUGAACAUGUUUCCUGACAAACGAUUUGUGAGUCCUUACACGAAGGAUGAUUUCCCUGUUGCUGCGAUGCUUCGCAAACGUCUUUUCUUUGAGGUUUCUGUAACAUCAAGUGACAAGCAACUGUCAAUCAUUGCUGAUCAAUGUUUUGCCACACCAACUCAGAAUAAGAGGAAUUCUUUAAAAUACAUCUUUAUUACCAAAGGGUUUGUACAGUUAAUGUGUAGAGUUUACAAAGUCUUAGGUUAUAAUUGUGAAGUUGUCUUUUUACCCAGUGUUUUCCAAGUUCGCUGAACAUGUGUACAUAUCUAUAUCAUUCCCGUCUGUGGGAGGCCGUAAAACGUGAGAAUAAAUAAAUAAAAAUGACCCCUAGUUUCACCCGCUUUGACAAGUUUUGUAUUUAAGCCGUUUUUUUUAAAUGCAAUUUUGAGGUUAUGGGGAGAAAUGUCAUCCACAUUUCUUUUGCUUCUUUCUUUUUCUUUCUAAGAGUCACGGUUGUUAUGAGGUGGACGCUAAUAAUCAGGAGCCUAUGUUACAUGUAUAACCUUUUAACUGAAAAUAUUUUUUUAAAAAUAUUUCCUCACUUCUAAAACAAUAUCCGGUAUUUAUAUUAGGUGCCCUAGUGACUUGACUGUUAAGUACCAUAGUGCGCCUACUGUCAGUGCACAUCGGUUCAGUCUGGAAGCCUUCAAAUUCAUUGCUGAUCAUCCAUUUGUGUUUGUUCACUGCCACGUCAUCGUAUGCAACGCAACCGACCCAACUUCCAAGUGUGGCAAGAAAUGUUCACCCAGUGGCCGUGGAAGACGUGAAGUGACCAGUCACAUGACUGAUGACGUGUACAUGUUGGCGCAGGGCCCAAUCCACCUGGGCCACCAGAAACGAGAUGCAAAUGAAGGUGGUGUCGGCCAGAGUGGCGAGAGACUAGGUACAUGCUUUAAAAGGCGAAUGGGCCGGACUAAUUAGAACAAGCUAACUUAUAUUUAUUUUGAUAAUGGCCUUGAUUAUUGUCUGUGUGUUUCGGCCUUCCAAUUAGCAGUAUUCUAGCUCACUGCUGUACAUGAAAAAAACAGCAAAACCUUCAAGGUGCACUUUUUACAGUGGAAAAAUGGUAACCGGGGGAUUACUCAACCUUUCGUUUCUUCUUUAAAAAAAACGUCUUUAUACAAAACGAUUUGCACUUUCACUUUGCAGAGCGUUGUCAUUCACAUGUCCAGCAGCCAUUGUAACCUAUCAGAACAAAGAAAAAAGAAAUGUUUUCAUUAGCGGAAAAAAAAACAAACGUUUGUUGGGACAUCAAUAUGAUCGCCGUUGUAUUGUUCCGAACACCAAAAUAGCGGAAGUUACUUCAUGUAAAUACCGCUAUAUUGGUUUUGAAAUAGUUGUUGACUGAGGUAUUUGGGGUGAAAAUUGUGUAUUAUGCACCAGCUUUUUAAAGCAUUAUUGGAACCAAUAAUAUAUAAAGUUUCCACACCAUUGCCAGACUAUUCUUUUACAUAUUGCCUCUGUUAAUUGAAGUUCUCAUCCCUUUAUAGGUUCCAGUCCCUCUCUUAUGAUAGCCUUGUUCCUGAUGUGUCUUAUUGGUUUUGCGGGAACAGCGCUCUUGGCGUUUAAAAAGUCACGUGACAAACCGCUUGGGUAUACUGUGCUUGCUACCGGUGAUUACGAGUAA